ACCACAGCCAAUGAAGGAGUAAAUCAUAAUCGUUUGUGUUUCAGGAGAGACGCAAUGUCCAAGUUCAAGGUAAUGGACCAAUUCAAGACUUUUAUCCCCUCACUCCAGCUGCAUAUUGUUUGAAAAGAUCGAGCAAAUGUUUAGAUGCAGGGAGUGAAGACGUGACGAGGUUGAACUGUGCCAGCCCUCCACAAGAGGGCACAGAUGAUGUUGCUGAAGGAGAUGGUCGAGGUUAGAGAGUGUCAUCACAUUGGAGAGAGGAUUAGAAGAGAGAGGUUGUCUUCCAGGAGCUGUGUGGUCCCCCCUACUCUUCAACCCCGAAAAUCCCAGCACGAAGACACAAACCCCUCUAUGAGCAGAGGGAGACCCGGUGAAGAACUGCGAGGAGAAAACUCAGAGAGGAAUCCUCGCCUUGCCUCUCACUCAGACAGCACUCUGCUCUCCUGCCUCACAGUCAAGCACGGCUGUGAGAGCUGCCCGGGUGUGAGUGAGUGGCCUGGCUGGACCUCUUCUCCCUCCCUUCGUUUCUCCAUUAAUCCUUCCAUCUACCCAUCCCAUCUCCUGUCAUCUUAGACACCAUGCUGAGUCAGUGGCUGGUCUGCUUGGCCCUGCUGUCCCUGGACUGGGCUCCAGGCAGCUGGGCCUUCACCACCACCAGGGCUCAGAGCCUGAGGGGUCGCAUCCAGAGAGACCGCAGAAACAUCCGGCCCAACAUCAUCCUCAUCAUGACUGACGACCAGGACGUUGAGUUGGGUUCUCUACAGGUGAUGAAUAAAACACGUAAACUCAUGGAAGACGGAGGCACUAGUUUUACCAAUGCCUUUGUUACCACACCCAUGUGCUGCCCGUCGCGAUCCUCGAUGUUGACGGGCAAGUACGUCCACAACCACAACACCUACACCAACAAUGAGAACUGCUCGUCGCCUUCCUGGCAAGCUCAGCACGAGCCACGCUCAUUCGCCGUCUACCUCAACAACACCGGCUACAGGACAGCCUUCUUCGGCAAGUACCUCAAUGAGUACAAUGGCAGCUAUAUCCCGCCUGGGUGGCGCGAAUGGGUCGGACUGAUCAAAAAUUCCCGCUUCUAUAAUUACACAGUCUGUCGAAAUGGUAACAAGGAGAAACAUGGUGCUGAUUAUUCCAAGGACUAUUUCACAGAUCUGAUCACCAACGAGAGCAUCAACUUUUUCCGCAUUUCCAAGAAGGUGUACCCUCACCGUCCUGUCAUGAUGGUCAUCAGUCACGCUGCCCCUCACGGCCCAGAAGACUCCGCGCCUCAGUAUGCAGAGUUCUUCCCGAAUGCUUCUCAACACAUCACCCCCAGCUACAACUAUGCCCCAAAUAUGGACAAACACUGGAUCAUGCAGUACACAGGCCCCAUGAGACCCAUCCACAUGGAGUUCACCAACUUCCUCCACAGGAAAAGGCUGCAGACACUCAUGUCUGUGGAUGACUCAGUGCAGAAGGUUUUUGAUAUGCUGGAAGAAACUGGAGAACUGGAAAACACUUACAUUAUUUAUACAGCAGACCAUGGCUACCACAUCGGUCAGUUUGGGCUGGUCAAGGGCAAGUCGAUGCCUUAUGACUUUGACAUCCGUGUGCCGUUCUUCCUGAGAGGACCCAAUAUUGAGCCAGGGGCAGUAAACCCUCAUCUGGUGCUGAACAUCGACUUGGCUCCUACGAUUCUCCACAUCGCUGGGCUGGACACGCCUCCAGACAUGGAUGGAAAGUCAAUUCUGAAGCUGCUGGAACAGGAAAGGACUGGCAAUAGAUUCAAACCCAACCGGAAACCCAAAGUCUGGAGAGACACAUUCCUGGUGGAACGGGGAAAGAUCCUGAGGAAGAAGGACGACUCGGUGAACACUCAGCACACCAACAGUCUGCCCAAGUACAAGAAGGUCAAAGAGACCUGCCAGCAGGCCGAGUUCCAGACACCCUGUGAACAGCCCGGACAGAAAUGGCACUGUGUGGAGGAGAUUACAGGAAAGUGGAGGAUCCAGAAGUGUAAAGGUGGUUCAAAAGAGGGCUCCAGAAAGAGGGCCCGCAGCCUGAAGCCUCGCAGCAGUUAUGACAACAGAGAGAGGGGCUGUGACUGCGGGGAUGCUCUCUACAAACCCUCCAGAGCGGAACGCCGCUCCCAUCGUCAGUUCUCAUCCUCAUCUGGUCACCGUUAUCGGCCACGCUUUGUUCACACCCGGCCCACCAGGUCUCUGUCUGUUGAGUUUGAAGGACAGAUUUAUGACAUUGAUCUACAAGCAGAUGAUCAGUCAGCUGUCCGCCGCCGUGUCAUCUCGAAGCGUCAUCACAACCAAGAGGGACCAGAGUUUGAUUUGGGGACGGACGAUGGAUCAGAGGAAAUGCUGGCAGACGAUACGAAUGCUGUGGGAUACCCGAACUCUGUGAAAGUCACACACAAGUGUUAUAUUUUGAUGAAUGACAGUGUCCAUUGUGAAAGAGAAAUCUACCAAUCAUCCCGAGCCUGGAAAGACCACAAGAGCUACGUGGACCAGGAGAUCGAAGCACUUCAAGACAAAAUCAAAAACCUGAGGGAAGUAAGAGGCCACCUGAAAAGGACACGACCAGAUGAGUGUGACUGUGGAAAGAAGAGCUAUUAUAUCAAAGGAGACAGAAACAAGGGAGAGAGAUUGAAGAGCAGGAAUGAUCAGCUCCACCCAUUUAAGGAGGCUGCUCAGGAAAUAGACGGGAAGGCGCAGUUGUACAACGAGAUCCGGAGACGGAAAAAGGAGAGGAAGGAGAAGAAGCGUCAGAGGAAGGGGGACGACUGCAGCCUGCCUGGACUCACUUGCUUCACGCACAACAACGACCACUGGCAGACUGCUCCUUUCUGGUCAUUGGGCGGAUUCUGCGCUUGCACCAGCUCCAACAACAACACCUACUGGUGCCUGAGAACCAUCAACGAGACCCACAACACACUGUUCUGCGAGUUUUCCACUGGCUUCCUGGAGUACUUUGACCUAAACAGCGACCCCUACCAGCUGACCAACGCAGUGUACGCAGUGGAUCGGGACGUCCUGAACACGCUGCAUGCUCAGCUCAUGGAGAUGAGAAGUUGUCAGGGAUACAAGCAGUGUAACCCUCGACCUAAGGGCCUGGACACAGCACACAGCCAAUAUGGGACGGACGACAGGGUUAAACUGCCCAACCUGACGGACGAGGAGGUGAACUGGCAGGGACUGGAGGAUCUGUAUAGCAUAAACGAAAGCCUUUAUGAAUGUAGGCCUGACUACAGCCCCAGCCCAGACGACUGGGUCAACUUUCAGAAGGAUGUAGAUAAUAUGUUUGCACUGCGACACGUUUUUAACAAAUUCAACCGAACCCAUAAGCUCGACAACUCCACCCUGCCAGAGCUGGGCUCCGGGGCCGGGGGUGGAGGCUUUGACGAGGGCAGCGGAGGAGAGUUGGUCUCAGCCAGCGAUGUCUGGCCGGGCCCGGCCACGGAGGCUCGCCUCACCACCCCCACCCCCAGUGAAACACCACCCACACCCAGGCCCGCGCCGGAAAGGAAACUGGAUUCUGUUGUCAACGACCUUCCCGAGAGGGUCGCAGACAGACCCGGGGUGUCGGCAAAGUCGACGCCACGAGUGGCAGCAUCAUCAUCAGGUCCGAGGAGAGACGAGGUCAUCUUGCAGAGCGACACGUGGGCGCAGCAGCUGGAGGAGAUCGAAGGAGACGUGUUCAGCGGGAACGGACUGACGGAGCUCGAGUCCCGGCAUGACAACCAGCUGGAGCCCGGGCUCGGCCACGUGGAGGUGAGCGGCCCUCUGGGUCUCGGCCUGGGCCUAGACCCUGAAGAAGAGGAGGACAUUUUCCAGGCACAAGGCUACCUCCCUCUCUCCCCACAGACACUGAAGCCCGAGGUGCAAGCCAGCACCACCGGGAGCCCCCCCACCACACAGACUAGCACCACACAGACUAGCACCCCGCAGAGCGUCGGGGUGGUCCUGCAGGUGCUGCCUCAGUCAGCGCUGCCCCUCACCUUGGACUACGAGGGCAGCGGCUCUCUGCCUCAACCCUCCAAUCAAACCCUCUGAGGGCAGAUGCGAGCGCCGGCCAAUGAGCUGCCGGUCGCCACAGAGACACGGUGAUUGCGAGAUGAGCUCGCCAAGAGAAGCGGCGAGCGAUGCCACCUCAGUCAGUCAGAGUUGUACAAUGAGUAUUAAAAUUAUUGUUUAUUUUUUUACAGGUGCCUACAUUGGAAUAAACAGUGUUAUGUUUUCUGUUUUUUUAAAAUAUAUAUUUAGAAGAGAAAAAGCCUUAAUGCAGCUAAACGUUAGUGUUGGGAGAAUAAAUGAUUAAAUCCAUACAGAUAACACCAUUGACGUUUUUAUGAAAAACGAGUGGGUGAGUGAAACGUCUGCAUGGAUGAUUAGCAUUAGCAUCUCUAAAGAAUCUAUUAAUCAUAACGCUGCCCCGUCAGAAUAGUAACCACUCUAGUUAACGGCUAAACUGACCCCAAAUGCACUUUUUAACAUUUCCACACUGUCACCCUCUGUCUGUCACGACUGAUACUUUCAAAACCAAGACAAGAACUUUCACUUCAGAAAAUCUAAAGAAUCAACAUAACAUCUGAUUUACUAUUAUUUUAUUGUUUUAACCCUUUUCAUAUAGGAAUGUUUUUUUAGCCUUUUGUUCAUAUGGCAAUAAUAGGAUCACACACAGACUUUAGACAAUCAACAGUCGACCAGCUGCAACAAACAUCUGGCCCUCUGAUGACGGGCACCGCUCACAGCAUCAUAAUUUAAAAUGAGAAUAUUAAUCACAAAUGCUCACACAAUCACCAGGGGAUAGAAAACAUCAUGUAACUUUUUUUUCCCAUCAAGUGUCACGUUGUGCUGUUUGACGUCGUGCUUUGAUAAUCCAGAGUAUAGAGUUGCACAAGGCAAAUUCAUUUUGAAUGUAAAUGUGCAGUCCCAUCAAACUGGUUAUACGACAUCACAUCACUGUGUCAGUGAAAUACUGAGUGUUGCAUUCAUCUGAGGGUGUAAUUUUAUAAAGUUUUCUGCCAGUGACAUCUGUAAAAAGCUAACUGAGAUGUGCGUUCUGGUUAGAAACGCUAAACCUUGACGUUGUGUGUAGAUGUUAGAACAACUCUGGUUUCAGGAAAGCCAUGACGCUGUUAAAGAAAUAAACUCUUUCCUUCUUCCUA